AUGAAUUACACUAGUAGGUUUGUAAGAUAUGUCUAUGCAAGACCGCCAAUCCUAGUCUUUCAUCGACAAUCAUUUGGCACUCAAGCACAUUCUGCUCCACAGCAAACAGGAUGGAGAAAACACUUGCACAGGCUCAAAGAAGCACCAGCAUCUCAUAUCACUGCAUUUGCUAUCCUCCAUGAAGUCACUGCACUAGUCCCACUACCAAUUGUAUACUGGAUUUUAACAGUCACUGAUGUCUGCAUCCCAUUUCCAGAAGAUAUUCUUGCAGAAGGAAACCGUCGCAUCUCCCGCUUGCUGCAAAUAGCUUCCAGCUUGAGUGGCUCGUCCAAAACUGACAAUACCCAAUCAGAUCAAGUGCUGGCUGAUGAUUCACAAGUUAUGUUGCAUAUGGCUACUGCCUAUGCGGUCGUCAAACUUAUGAUGCCAUUACGCAUUGCUGCUUGUGUAUUUUUGACUCCGUCAACUGCAAGGUAG